GUGUGUCUGUAUGUACCCCGUUGAUGUUGUGAUAAAAAUCAUGACAAUAGGGGUAAUAUACGUGGCAAGCACAACCACACACACUUACACACUCACCCACAUCCACAGGCGUUAACCGGAAAGUGACCAUGCAGCGGAAUUUCACCCCCUUCGCACAACGCGCGUUGGAAUGUCGCGUCCGUCGCUGCCACAUCGUCGAUACAUUUCGUCACAAUUCACAUACUCGCGACUUGAGCGCGCCGCCACAGUUGCAGUAAGCGCGCAGUUUCGCAGACGAGGCUAUCACAUACUCAACCAUUUUUGCGAGCGCCUCCCAGCGCAGCAGACACUUACAAACAUCCAACAAACUGCAAAGAAGACAACAGCGCCUCCUUACCUGUGCGCUUUGGCUAACAGUCUUGUUGGCUGGCUGAACGUCUAGUUGUGUCGUUGUGAGUCUCACAACACACACACACCACCACCGCCAGCACCAACACGCCAACAAACGGUACAUCAUAACUCACUGGCGCGCUGGCAGCGAACUCAGACACUCCUCAGGUAAUAAAAGUGCAAAGGCAGCCGGUUUUGCUGAGCGUGAGAAAAUAUUAUAAGUAAAGGAGCCGAGUCGUCGUUUGUUCGUGUGCAAGUCGUGCGUGCAGACGCUGCCUGGCUUUGGUGACUUCGUGCGCAUGUUCGUCAACGCCGCUGUGACGAUCCUCGUCUAUUGGCAGCGCCUUCGUAAGCACCGUUCUGCCAAACGUAAGGAUCGUUCUGAGUGUGCGCUAUCCUGAUGAACAGUAUCCUGCUGGAGUUGAACGCGCGUGGUCGUGUGUUGUGCGUGCUGCAAAAGAAUCGUUAAGCAUGCAAGCGUAUAUUUCGAACUAAAAGUUUUGUUUACGAAUUGCAGAAUUCGUUAAGUGUUGCGAAACCGAAAAAAACAUACCAAAAAAAUUAAUAAAAUGCUGAAGCACUACUGAACGAUUUAAGAAAAAUGUUUUCGGGAAAUUUUGUGCAAUAAAAAGCAAAAGAAAAAGCUCUGCGCUUAAGUCGCUUGUGUAGACCAAAGUUUUCUGUUAAGUGUUGUGUUUGAAGAUUUUAAUUUAACCAUUUUAAACUGCUGUGUGCGCAUGUGUCGCUGAUUAAAUAAAAUACCAAAAAUUUUUGUUGCUGUUAAAAGUGUUUUUCGUGUGCAAAGUCGUUAAAUAAGUGGAUAAACAAUAACUUGCAAUUAUUGGAGCUAGAAAAAUGGAUUACAAAAACGAUUAUCAUUCGGACGAUGACUUCGAUUGCUCUAACGGUUAUAGCGACAGUUAUAACAGUGCCAACGGCAGCGGACAGGGUCAAAUGUCCAAUCCGCAUGGACUAUCGAAAGCCGAGCUGAGAAAGACGAACAAGCCAAUUAUGGAGAAGCGACGGCGAGCGCGCAUAAAUCACUGCCUGAACGAGCUGAAAUCACUAAUUCUGGAAGCAAUGAAGAAAGACCCCGCCCGUCAUACCAAACUGGAGAAGGCCGACAUUCUGGAGAUGACGGUAAAGCACUUGCAAUCCGUUCAGCGACAACAGCUCAACAUGGCCAUUCAAACCGAUCCGACCGUGGUGCAUAAAUUCAAGACCGGCUUCAUAGAAUGCGCCGAGGAAGUCAAUCGUUACAUUAACCAACUAGACGGCGUUGAUGCUAUGGUUCGCCAGCGUCUCACCAAUCACCUCAACAGCUGCGCCAGUAACUUGGAGCAACUGGGCUCGAUGAGCAAUUUCAAUAAUGGCUAUCGCGGCCAACUAGGCAUAGGCAUGUCCGCCCCGAGCAGUCUGUUUGGUGCCGCUUUGGCCGCUAAUCCAUUAGCAAUGGCUGCUGCUGGCGCGCCUGCAGCGCUUUUUCCGCCAAUGCCCCAAGACUUAAACAACAACAAUAGCAACAAUGGCAGUUUCGGCAACAAUCUCACCGCAGCAGCAGCAUCGGCCAUGCCACCGGUGCAAAUGGGUGGCGUACAAUUGAUACCUUCGCGUUUGCCAUCCGGCGAAUUCGCACUCAUUAUGCCGACCACAGCGCAUGCGAAUAUUGUGAGUAACAACAACAAUGCCGCACCAUUUGUGAACUUUCCGCACGGCCGAAGUGCCGCUGCGGCAACAUCUCCAGCGUCGAGCGCAACAACAGGCGCUGCAGCACCCACAGCCAUGCCCACAACCGGCAUCCCCAUCAACGACUUUGCGGCGAAUUUCAAGCGUUUAAGCGCCUUCAGCAGACCGCCAGUUGCGCCAAUGCAACUGCAGGUGAACGCGGUCGCUCCAGUCAAUGGCGCUCAGCUGAAUAACAAUAUCGGCUUCUUGGCAGCCAGCGCACAGCAAACGCAGCAACAGCAACAACGUGCUGCAGCACCCGCACACCAACUGCACCAUCAAAGCUCCACAGCCACCAACAGCCCACCGCUCAGUCCCAUCUCAUCGGUGUCUAGCCAGGGCGAAGACUCACUGAUGCACACCAGCUCCGACUUCACUGGCUCGCGCCCAGCCACACCACCGCUCGACGUGACCGGCGACCACCAGCAGGAGCACAGCUUCUCCGGUGUUUUCUCCACACCAACCAGCGCCGAGUCAUCCCUGCUAACCAGCUCCGCUGCAUCACUUUCGUCAGCUGCCAGCAGCACGGCCAAAUUAUCACUGCAUUUGCAACAGCAACAGGUGUCCUCCACCAGCGGCAGCGCCGGCAACAGUUGCAACACUAGCACCAGCAGUCUCGGCCUCGGCGGCAACAACAACGAUUGCAGCGACAGUGGCGUCGAAUCGAACACCUCACUGAAACGCUCGCUAGACGACGAAGCGGACUCGAGCGAUGCGUGCGAGGCACCAGCCAGCAAGAAAAUUGCCUUGGACUUGCCGAAACACAAUGAGACGUCAACGGAGGCCACUUUGGUUAAACAAAAGCACAAAUUGCAGGAGCUGAAAGAGGACGGCGAUAAUAUGUGGCGACCGUGGUGAAGCGCUGAGCUGGUCGACUUUGUCUGGCGCAAAGUGCGAUUUAGAGACGGCAGCGCUGCGGUGCUGUUUGCUUCAAACGACGAAGCUGUCAACUAUGCGUGUUGUAUAGCUGAGCAACUCAACGGUUUAAUUUGAUGAAUUUGAUGAAGGAAUUUAUCGAGAUUUUUCAGUGCAACAACAACUAUUUUGUUUUCUGUUCACUCACUUGUCAAUGUUAAGUUUUAAGGUUUUUCUUUGCCUAUUUAAUUUUUGACGUUUGUUUUUCAAUGUUUUGUACAUGUAUUAGUGUUGAAAGUAAUUUUUGAAAUGGAACACCACAAACUCGCAUUUUAGUCUUUAAGCAGAAGCUUCUUAUGGUCAAUAGAAAGAGGCAGAUGUAAGCAUACGCCCAUGUACAUAUCUAUAUACCAAGGCUUACAUACGUCGUCACUUUAAGGUUAGCAUAUUUUGUUUUUAUGCUUCAUCUAAUUGUGAAGAGAUUAUUUAUGUUUUAAGUCUCGUCUAAGGUUGUUCAAUUUUGUCAUAUGUUUUUGUGUAUAUAUACAUAUAUAGAAAUUUAAUAGAUAUUUUCAACUUGAUGUUUUCAUUGACAUAGAGAGUAAUACCAAACAAGAAAAAUAUUUUAAGUUUAAUCAAUUUUAUUUUAGCUUGUUUUUUUUUUUUUUGUUCUGACGAUCAAUACAAGGCAGCCAAUUUCACAUUAUUGAAAGUUCUAACUAAAAUUAAUGUCAGCGCACUUUGGCUGCCGCGUGUUUAAGUCAUUUCUUUUGUUAAGCAUACUUUUAGGAUUUACACGUGAUCAUAUUUUAAGAAAAGCGCGUUUAUGAAGUUAUAAUCUUAUACCAUUAAUUAUUUGAGAAAUGAAUAUUCUUAUUAGAAGGCAUUAUAUUUUGAACUCCACAUAAGAGACAUGCAAAUAUUUUUUGUAAAUAAAUUUAAUACUUUUGCCAUGAAAAAUUGAGAGUAAAGUAGAGCAAUUAAUUCCUUAAUUUGUAUUCUAAGAAUGGAUGUGUAAACAAACCAAAAGUGGAAAUAAAUUUUCAAAAUAUUUAAAAAACAUUACUUUUUUAUUUAAGGAGAGAGAUGUGAUUAUAAUAUUUGGUAGUCGAAAAAGUCUUUUCGUAUUUUGUCAGUACAUGUCGUGGCAGUCGUAUACGAGUAUCUCCAGCGCUACCAAUCACAUUGUGUCAUACCAUAUAGUGUUGGAAAGUGAGAUUUUAAGCUUCAUUUAAAAAGUUACAGCUCUUCAAAAAUGAGUGAAAAUAAUGAAGAAAUUCGUUGUAUUUGACAUUUUUGUAUAAAAAAGGGAAGAAUGUCACGCAAGCCACCAAUGAAAUUUAUCAAGUUUACGGAGACGAUGCUGUAUCAAUUGGUGUCGCAGAACAACAGUUCGCUCGCUUCCGUUCUGAAAAGAUGCACCUCGCUCUUGUCAACCUAUCGUUGAAAAAGUCGAUAAAAUUAUGGAAAAGAUUGACCAGGACCGUCACAUAAGCAGCCAUUACAUCGCUGGGGAACUUAACAUUCAUCAUCAAACGGUUUGGAACCAUUUAAAAAAGGCUGGCUACAAAAAGAAGCUCGAUAUU